AUAAACAGCUACGACACGUGUGGUGAUCACACUGUGGUCACAAUUUAUAACCUCAAAAUUAGUAAUAAACAAACGCAAACUGAUAGUACAAAUAAAGCGUAGUUCAAAUUACAUAUUUUGAAUUAGCAUGUCAGCAUGUUUUCGUCGGUAGCGAUGCUUCGACGAACUCUAUCCAGUAAAACCGUUCCUUGCCUGUCUCGUUUGUUAACCUCAAGCCGGAUAACUCAAUUCUCCGAUUCCACUGUCACGAAAGAUGAGAAGGAUAAUCAAUCGAACUUAGACGAAUCGCAAAAUAAAUCUUUCACGAGCGACACUGGGAUUCCUUCCGGCGAGGAGAACGUUGCUCGUCUUGUAAAAGAAGCAGCAACAUACGACGAUGCCAAGGACACGAAUUGGGCGACGAGCCCUUAUCCAGUCGGCGUCCCAACUUCCGUCGAGGAAGAGAAAGCUGUGAAACCAAAGAUCAAUCCGUUAGAAACUAGUGUUGUGCUUUUUCCAGGACAAGGUACCAUCAAAGUCGGCGCAGUUAAAAAAUAUUUGCAAUUUCCUCAGGCCAGAGAAUUGUUCGAGAUAGCCAACGAGAUUCUGGACUAUGAUUUGUUGAAGCUAUGUUUGAAGGGUCCCGAGGAGAAGCUGAACUUGACAAGGUUCAACCAGCCUGCCACAGUGGUGACUUCAUUGGCUGCAUUGGAGAAGCUCCGCGAAGAAAGACCAAAAGUAUUUGAGACGUGUAAAGCAGCUGCAGGCUAUAGUGUAGGAGAACUGACUGCUUUAAUCUUCUCAGGAGUUUUAUCUUAUGAAGAUGGCAUUAGAUUAGUCUCUGUCAGAGGUGCGGCUAUGCAACACGCCUCUGAGAAAUUGCCUCAAGGAAUGCUAUCAGUUUACUGUACUCCGCAAGCUAGAAUAUCGGAAAUAUGCAAGAAUGCUCAGAAUUGGGCGCGAGAUAAUGGUAUAGAGCAGCCAGUUUGCGAGGUAGCAGUGUAUCUUUAUACUCAGUCAAAGAUACUGGCCGGAAAUAUUCAAGCUCUCGAGUACAUAGAAAAAAAUGCAGAUAAGUACGGACUUCGCAAGCUAACCAGAUUGCCUGUGUCAGGAGCAUUUCACACAAAACUGAUGGAACCCGCACUCAAAUCUUUUGGUAAAAUGCUUCACUCAUUGACACUGGAUGAACCAAGAUGUCAAGUCUACUCUAAUUACAAGGGGCAUGCUUAUCACAGUAAGACAUUAAUUAUGAAACACUUACCGAAACAAAUUGUGUCACCUGUGAGAUGGGAGCAGACUAUGCAGAUGCUAUACAACAGACCUGAGGGAACAGCCUUUCCGCGAACAUUUGAUGUAGGUUCAGGUGGAAGAAUGGCAACUAUCUUGAAGCAAAUCAACACAAAAGCGCACGAACAUUGUAUAACUGUGUAAUUUUUUUAAUAUAUUUUUUGACAAGACUAAA